AGGCACCGCCCCACCAACACCACCAGACACACACAAGGAGCAGCGGACGCUCACCCAGAAGGACGUCACCCCCACCGUCCACGAACACCACGGAUGGAGUCUUUCCCAACCCUGAACUUGAUCUUGAGUCAGUGAGUGGAGGUGUUAGCUGGUGAACUUGAACACGUUGCAACUCGCUCAAAUACGAGAUCCUCAUUAAGAUAUAACACACCCAGACGUUUAUUCCCGUAACUAUUUAUGACUUUACUGCGACAGAGACUUGAGGAUUGACGGUGUUGUGAAGAUACUUGUAGUCACCUGGACGGUUGAUAUAGACAUAAGUGACCUCAGUUUUACCGUAAUACCAGACGAGAAGUGGUAUUACCUACACCUAAACCUGCCGGAGAUUUCAACUGGGAGGCAAACAGUGAUCUGGCGAGUGCAAGCAGCAACUACACCACCACUAGCACCACCACUAGCACCACCACUAGCACCACCACUAGCACCACCACUAGCACCACCAUGAAGGUCCUGAUUAUUUUACCCCUUCUGUUUGGGGUGACUUACACAAAGAGUUCACGCGGGUGUACUCAAGCAUGCCCCAAGGACAUCAAGCCAGUGUGUGGGAGCGACGGCAUCCUCUACUCCAGCUAUUGUGAGAUGAAGAAACACAACUGUGACAAAAGUGUGCACGUGGUACCUGAGAACAACUGCCUCAGAGCAGAGGGAGGAACGUGCGAACACAGAUGUACGAGCACGUAUGAUCCAGUGUGUGCUGUCGACGGACGCACCUACCUAAAUUUGUGUGUCCAGAGCGUCGAGAAGUGCAGGUCUGGUGUUAAGUUUGCUCACUACGGUGUGUGUGCGGGCGACGGGAACAGAACAGCUUGUCCUACCAGUUGUCUCUACGAACCUGUUGACGGCCCGAUCUGUGGUUCUGAUGGCAAUGUUUACAACUCUACCUGUGACCUGAGCUUUAGGACCUGUGGGCAGAACGUGGUAAAGACUUCAUACAAACACUGCCAGACGACCAAACACUGCCAAGACGUGUGCUUCUACUCCUUCAAGGCCGUGUGUGCCUCUGACGGCCGUAUAUACAACAACAAGUGCCAGAUGAAGAUGAGGAAUUGUGGACGACACAUCUUCCAGCGGCCGAUGGGGGAGUGUAGGCCCCAGGAGAGGACUACGGGAGGCUGCCCUGUGUCCUGCCAGGGGGAGAAGUUGGCCCCUGUGUGUGGGUCUGAUGGAUACGUGUAUGACAACGACUGUGACAUGAGACGACUAACUUGUGGGUCCCGAGGUGCAGGAGCCGUGUACAAAGUAGACCUGGAGAAGUGCCUGAAGAAGAACGUGAGGUGUGCCAAGAUGACCUGUCCUCCCAACGUUGAUGACCCCGUCUGUGGCACUGACAGCACCACCUACGCCAACUACUGCUUCCUGCACAAAGCGACUUGCCUGAAGGGCGUCAGUCUGGCCCAUCACGGACAUUGCCAUUACCGGAAUGAGUCUGACGAGUGCCCUAAGGAGUGCCCCACGGCCAACGAGGAUGAGUACCCCUUCUGCGGCUCCGACGGCAACGUUUACGUCUCCUACUGUGAGAUGAAGAUGAGGACUUGUGGCCAAAAGGUGGUGCCAGCGGCUCUGCAUCACUGUACUGCCACCAAGGACUGCUUCACCGACUGUGAGAAGGACCACGUCGCCGUCUGCGCCUCCGACAGCAAGAUGUACCGCAACGCCUGUGAAAUGAAGGCCAAGAACUGCGGGAAACAUGUGUACCAGGUGCCUAUGGACAGGUGUCUCUCUGGCUUCAACUUCUUCAGCUGCCGCAGAAUGUGUCCGCCCAUGUUCGAUCCUGUGUGCGGCACCGACGGUAAGACCUACAGCAACGAUUGCUUCCUCAAGAUGGAGAACUGCCGCUCUCGUAGCCUGGGCCGCAGCCUCGUGACCCGCAUCUACCACGGCAAAUGUGGCCAGCCCGUCCCGCAGGCCAAACUUUACAUGUUCAGAUAAAUCUUUUUUGGUUCCUCUCCCCUGCAGGUUCCCCGCCCUCUUAGAAGGUUUGUCUGUAUAAUAGGUUCUGGUGAUGACCACUUUUACUGUGUCUGGCUCGGCCCCUACCAUAAAAAUAGCACCAACACGAGUGGUCAACAGUGGCCAACAGUCUCACGCUUAAGAAAGUUACGUCAGACGAACUUUCGCCCGCCGUCAACCUGCAGUGGCUCUCUUUUAUGGUAGGGCGUAAGUUCCUCCCACGCCGAGUACCUCUGGGCGAUGAAAGGCCCUGACAACCACAGUGUACACGACAUAUAUAUUUUGAAGCAAAAUUUUGUAUGACGAAUCUACUUUUGACUCUCAUAGUCAACUCGUACAAGAAAAGAAUAUUCUGUAUUAUUUAACAGCAUCGUCUGAAAUAUUUAUAUAAUUAAUACAGAUAUGACAAAGUAUUCCUGUUUAAUUAUAAUCAUUAAUGACAAACAGCGACAUAUACAGUACUUCAUUACAGUAUUUGUAUGUUUAUUAUAGAUAGUCAUUGGUAAUUACAGGAAACUUUAGCAUUCCAGUAUUAUGCUAAAAAGCAGCCAAAAAAUUUAGUUUUACUGAGAGGCAAAUGUUAAAUCCAAGUUUAUUAAUAUUGCACAUUUAUUAUGAUAUAUAUUAAGUAAAUAUCGUUAAAAGAAUAGAUUUGUUGUAGUAUUUUAACAUAACAUUUUAUACGGUACCUGGUCUUAACCCUCAAGCCUGGAAGAACUGACCAACAAAAAUGAGGAAACAGAAAACACUUUAGCUAUGAAGAACUUAACAUCCUAAGGUCUAUGAGGUAUCUGUUAACACUGGCAACAAGAAGAAAAGAUUUAUAAACACAAGUAUAUUUGCCAGACAUUCGUGAACACUUGUAAAUUAAAAUAGUACGAAGGGAACUUAUUAAUUUCAUAAUAUAAGGGAGAGUUUUAGAUAGUUGUGCUAAUUAACGACAGCAAGAACAAGAAUACACAGUUCUUCAGGACAAUGACUAAAUAUAGAAGUAAUGAUAAUAAUAAUUAUAAUAAAUUAGUUUAUUUCCGAGAAUGGGUACAUAUUCAUUUUUUUACAGUACUGUGCACGUAGCAGUCAAAUCUGCCGAGGUUAAUUAUCAUAUUAGACUUUAUAUAAGCCUUUAUGAGACAAAUUAAUUAGGAUGAUGAUACUGAAGGAGCUUAAGUUAAUGGAUGUGUCAAGAUUUAGGUAAAUUAUUGUUUAAAGGACGAAAUAUUUGCAGUGCAAUAUCAUGUAAGAGAAAUGAAUGGACGAAGGUGAUUCACAACUUUUGCAUUCAGGUUGACAGUAUUUGACAUGACUGCAGGUCGACAUUAAUUCAUAUCACUCAGGUUGACAAUUUUUGACAUCAUACAGGUUGACAGUAUUUAACAUGACUGUAGGUUGACAGCAUAACUUAGCAAAACACAGAACGACAGUACUUGACAUGACACAGGUUGACAGAAACAUGAUAGUACUGUAUACUACCCCAGUACUGGUUGAUUUUGCCCUUAGGUAUUUGACACACAAACACACACACACAUCAAAUUAAUUAUCGAUCUUCACUGGAGUAACUAAGACCAUGCCGUAUUUAGCGCAUAACUGCCGACUAUAGAAUAAUUACUGCAUGAGCUGCCUCGUCUGCCAUUUUUAAGUAAUUCUUGAUUUUGUCUAGUGAAUAAUAGAACAGCCAAACUUAAGCUCAACGUGGAGGAUGUAGCGACGCUUGCUUUAGUGCUCAUCGCUCACAAGGGGGUGAUAUAUCUUAUGAAGUACAGUAUGUGUACCCGCACCUCUGCAGUAGACGCUUUCUUGUAAGUCUCGCUGUCCGUGGAUGAGCUGUGUGAUACCCUACUGUCCGUGGAUGAGCUGUGUGAUACCCAACUGUCCGUGUAACUAUCCCUUACUAGCCCCCCCCCCACCAGUGUAAUUAUCCACGGCUAUACGGUAUAAUUAUUCACAUUGCCUUGAGACUCUCUUGCUGUUCUUAAGAUUCGCACAAUACACUAGUGACCAGCCUGUAGAGUCGUUUGGGGAUCUACUGCAAGCUUGUAUUCUACUUUGACUGUACUGUACUGUACUCCAUAUCCAGUAUUUGAAGCAAAUUUAUAUUGUCAAAAUAUUUCCAAUUGUAUUUGUAUAGAAAGUGAGUCUCAUUUCAUAUUUGUUCAAAAAGAUGAAUCCCACUUUCUGCUUUAAGCUGAGGACUUAAAUGCAGGUGGUGCUAGGAGUAAUGAACGUAUAUCUUCCUUAGUGUUUACUGUGAGAAGUACUGGUAUCUACGUACUUGUUGGUUGUGUCAAUGCCUUAAAUAUGGUGCCCAAUGAAGCUUUGAGCUAUUGAAAGAUUCAAAACAAGUAUUUGCCUACCCCUUACAUAUCAUUUAUUAUAUCAAUGACCCUUUCUUAUGUAAUUUUGUAGUGUAUUUGCGAUAAUGUUAUAUUUACUAUGUCCCCUUUUAAUAGGUUGUCUUGUUUUAGUGUUUACGCAAACUCAUUUCCUUAUUUGUGCUGUUGUUUUAGUCUGAAAUUUUACAUUAAGAACUUCGGAUAAAUUAUUCUGUUAUGUUCUUUACGAACUCUUUUUAAUAAGUUAUAUAAUUUUUAUGCAACAGAAAGGCCUUGUAAUAGGUCGUAUUUAUUGGGAUAUUUAUUAAUAUUUAUUGUUUAUAUAGUCGUGUCUGAAAGCGCGCACAAGGCCACAUUCGGUCACGCCCACACCCACGAGGAAGCGUCCCCUGUGAUAAACUUGUAUUGUUGUUGUCUACUGUAAGUGAUUAGUCCUGUAAGCACCGUGAAGGGCUACAGGCCAUAGUCACGUGUAGAACUACAUGUAUUUCAUAUGUUAUGUAGGUAAUGUAGAACACUAAUAAACUGUAGCAAAAUGGUGGUGUAAGAACGCAAAUUGGUACAGAAACCAAGUUACAGCAGAAUUGUUUCAGUUAAUUACAGUAAAUCCACAUUAAUUGUAAUUUUUCUGUCCCAAAAGCUGUAUGUAAUGGACUUGUUGUUCUCCGUGGUAGUGCACACCCCAGACAGUGUUUUGUUAUCUUAUAAUGUGCCUUGCUAUUAUUGUUUGUAAUAUGGUAUAGCGUGCAGUUUGUAUCUAUAUUUGUGCAAUAAAGAUUCCUGUAGA